CCAACAGACCUCUCUUUUAAGAACAGAAAUUGUGUUUAACAAUUAAGUACUAGUUUGGUAAUAAUGGUAGUGCCAUUCUCUCCGUUUGGCUAUCACGGUGAACAACGCUGCAGUCUCUUAACGCCAUGGGAUCUGCUUCUGGACAGGAAUUGCUCAGUGGUAUCAGCCGUUGUAAACUGUCUUGGCCACGAAGUUAAUCGUUAACUCAGGUCACCACCUCAUAAAAACAUCACAUUGUAAGAGCACAACACGCUUAAAGCUGUCAUUCGAUCAUGCAUACAACAGGAAUAAAGGAGCACAUAAAAGGAGCCAGAAACUCCGCAAAUCCUUCAGCUAAGGGAAGACAAACCGCACCGAGGUUUAUCUCCAUGGAGAAUCCCACGGACAAGCCAAGCAGCGAAAACAAAUCGACAGCUUCUGGAGUACCACAGGCUGAGAAGACAAGUCCUGCACCCUUUGCGGAAGGUGCUGCAGACAUGAGCGGAGCAGGACCCCUCACAGAAAACGCUGCUGACGCGAAGGGACUGGUAUUUGCCGAAGAACAUCUGAAAGAAAUGGAGAGAUCUCCGGACACAGAGCCAGACGGUCCUGAUACCUUUAAACCAGCAUUUUUGGAAAGUGACUAUCCGAACUCAAAGCCGCUUGUUAUGGUAAUAAACUCAAGCUCUCCUGAAGUGUACAGUUCCGAAACGAGUUACCAGUCUUCACCCACAUCAUCUAUUGCAGACAUGGACUGCCUGGUCUGCUUCAACAAGUACAACGUGUACAGAGUCCCAAAGCUCCUUGACUGCCAGCAUGCUUUCUGCGCAGUUUGCCUCAAGCUUAUCCUCAGGAAAGAAGGCGAUACCUGGAUAAUCACCUGCCCCCUGUGCAGAAAAAACACGUCUGUGUCAGGAGGAUUUAUCCGCACGCUUCCCAAUAAAGAAGAAAUCAUGGACCACUUGGAACAUCCUGACGUGGCUCUCGAGGUACACAUCUCUCCCCUGGGGCUGGACAGCAGCAGCUGGGCUCAGGGCAGCCAAGAUGUUUUAUACAGAGACCAAAACGUUCCAGCGGACAACAGGCUGGCUAUCCAGAGACUCGUGCUGCUCCUGCUGCUUUUGGUGAUUCUCACGAUCCUCAUCCUCCCGUUCAUAUACUCGGGGAUGAUAAAAUGGGUAAUUUGUCUCAUGCUUACUUUGGGGUUGGUCAUGUCUAUGGUGCUUUGCUGCACUCCUAAAUUCUACUGGAGCUGUAAUGGAAACUCGCUCACGGCCUGCCACAAGGAGACCCACGUCGCUGCUAUUGCCUGAAACAGCAUGAGCUGCCUCGAGAUAAUGACUGGUUCCACCUGCACAGCCGAGUAACAGAAGCACUAGUCAGUUACUGGACUUUGAAAGCAAACAUUCACAUCAGAACCUCCAAGUGUCUAACUUACCCCCACUAAGCCUCAAAGGCAAUGCAGUGUUGUUUAAUUUUAUUACUGAAAACGGUAAAAUACUUGUAUGCUGAUAUCUGUAAGAUAAAAUUGUAAGCCAGUUUUAGCCCAGAUGAAUAAUUGUUGUUUUGCUUUCAUCGUUUUAGUCCUGCUCGCAUCCCCUCUCUAAUUACUGCUGCCGAACAUUAUCUGAGAGGUGUGACAUUUGUAUCCUGUGAAAAUCUGUAGCUGUUACUGUGUUUUCCCACUCCUCACGCAGGGAUACCUUUUCUUGUGACAACGUGGGGCUGCUACAUCUGGGUCUGGCUGCCUGGCCUUAACGGAAGAGGGUAGUUUAAACACAGUUUAUCACGUUAAUCUGGAUCCCUGACCAGAAUUUUGUUAGCAGGGGUGGGAAUGGGAAAAGGGAACAUCAGUUGAUGUCAUCUCAAGUUGCACUCAAAACUAGAGAGGAAGAGGCAAAAUCAACAUUUCUAAUUAAGUUCACAACUUGCAAAGUGUAAGGCUCUGAAAAGCUGAUGACACUCCGAGUUCCCCGCGUUAUUUAGCACAGAAAUAGUUUCUCUCAGCUGAACUCCUUUAUCUGGCUACCUGUAUCACCUCUCUUCUUGCUCUCUUUACAUUUCGUGUGACAUUGCCCUUUGGUGAUGCCCACAAAUUCUCCUUCCAGAGAUAAAAAGGGAUCUGUCAAUUGUUCUGCUAUACUACACUUUUUUUUUGUUUUGUUUUUAUAUGGAACACAUUCAUUAAAGUUGAAUAAUGCUAA